AUGCAUCGGCGGACGCACACCGGAGAGAAACCUUACCCUUGCGACAUAUGUGAAAAGUCGUUUAGUCAAAGUGCACAUCUGAUGUUACACCGGCGGACGCACACUGGAGAGAAACCGUUUCCAUGUGACAUAUGCGAAAAGUCAUUCAGCAAUAAUGGAGGUUUGACGAAGCAUCGACGGACACACACUGGAGAGAAACCUUACCCUUGCGACAUAUGCAAAAAGUCAUUCAGCGAGAAUGGAGGUUUGACGAAGCAUCGACGGACGCACACUGGAGAGAAACCUUACGCUUGCGACAUAUGUGACGAGUCGUUUAGUGUCAGUAGCAAUUUAAUUCAGCACCGUCGAAUUCAUACUGGGGAGAAACCUUACGCAUGCGAUGUAUGUGAGAAAUCGUUUAGUCAAAGUGCCAAUCUGACGAAACACCGGCGGGCGCACACUGGAGAGAAACCGUACGCAUGCUAUGUAUGUGAGAAAUCGUUUAGUCAAAGUACAAAUCUGACGUCACACCAUCGGACACACACUGGAGAGAAACCGUUUCCGUGUGACAUAUGCGAAAAGUCAUUCAGCGAUAAUGGAGGUUUGACGAAGCAUCAACGGACGCACACUGGAGAGAAACCUUAUGCUUGCGACGUAUGUGACGAGUCGUUUAGUGUUAGUAGCAAUUUAAUUCAGCACCGUCGAAUUCAUACUGGGGAGAAACCUUACGCAUGCGAUGUAUGUGAGAAAUCGUUUAGUCAAAGUGCCAAUCUGACGAAACAUCGGCGGGCGCACACUGGAGAGAAACCUUUUCCAUGUGAUAUAUGCGAAAAGUCAUUCAGCGAUAGUGGGAGUUUGGCGAUGCAUCGGCGGACGCACACCGGAGAGAAACCUUACCCUUGCGACAUAUGUGAAAAGUCGUUUAGUCAAAGUGCACAUCUGAUGUUACACCGGCGGACGCACACUGGAGAGAAACCGUUUCCAUGUGACAUAUGCGAAAAGUCAUUCAGCGAGAAUGGAGGUUUAACGAAGCAUCGACGGACGCACACUGGAGAGAAACCUUACGCUUGCGACAUAUGUGACGAGUCGUUUAGUGUCAGUAGCAAUUUAAUUCAGCACCGUCGAAUUCAUACUGGGGAGAAACCUUACACAUGCGAUGUAUGUGAGAAAUCGUUUAGUCAAAGUGCCAAUCUGACGAAACGCCGGCGGGCGCACACUGGAGAGAAACCGUACGCAUGCUAUGUAUGUGAGAAAUCGUUUAGUCAAAGUACAAAUCUGACGUCACACCAUCGGACACACACUGGAGAGAAACCUUACGCUUGCGACGUAUGUGACGAGUCGUUUAGUGUUAGUAGCAAUUUAAUUCAGCACCGUCGAAUUCAUACUGGGGAGAAACCUUACGCAUGCGAUGUAUGUGAGAAAUCGUUUAGUCAAAGUGCCAAUCUGACGAAACACCGGCGGGCGCACACUGGAGAGAAACCUUUUCCAUGUGAUAUAUGCGAAAAGUCAUUCAGCGAUAGUGGGAACAUGCACAAACACUACAGACAAUAA